AACACUCAUCUCUUGAGUGUCAUUAAAGCAAGAUGGGUUACUCCACACUGUGGCUGUCACUCGCCCUCUGUCUCUCUGCUUUUGCUGCCGUGAAGGGCAAUGAGACAACUGAGCCUCCGUUGAUGCCAUUUGACGGACAAGACCCUCCAGCUGUUACCAUGUUUGAUGGACAAGACCCUCCAGCUGUUACCAUGUUUGAUGGACAAGACCCUCCAGCUGUUACCAUGUUUGAUGAACAAGACCCUCAAGUUAUUACCAUGUUUGAUGACGAAGAAUUUGAGGACGACGAUGAGAGUAAUAUGGCUGAAAACGAAGAGGGAGAGCUGGAGGUUCCUCUUCGCGACUUUAUGGACACUAACCCAACGGAGGUGAAAGGUGACCCGGUCUUCGAGGGAGACAUAUUGUUGACUCAAGGCCAAUGGCGCGCGAUGAGAGAGAGGAAAGGCAUUGCAUAUGAAACCAGUUACUGGACUAAUGGAAAUGUACCCUACAGAUUUGUUUCUAGUGGACUAAACCAGGAUGUUAUAAGAAGCGGAAUUGACCACUGGAUGGAGCACACAUGCCUUACGUUCGAGGAGACCACGAACACCAACCAGCCUCAUCUUAAGUUUAUUUACGGUGGUGGAUGCUAUUCCUACAUAGGCCAGUUGAACCAAAAUGGGCAAGACAUCUCUAUUGGAUCUGGAUGUGAUUAUCUUGGAAUUGUUGCUCACGAGAUCGGACACGCCAUUGGAUUCUUCCACGAGCAGAGUCGUCCUGAUCGGGAUGAUCACGUAGUCAUCAAUUAUGAGAAUAUUCAAGAUAACAGAGAAUCAAACUUUAAUAAAUAUUCCACAAAUGCCAUCAACAGUCACAAUAUACCUUACGACUAUUCCUCCGACAUGCACUACGGUUCCACGGGAUUCACUAUUAACGGCAAGACAACCAUUGCAACCAAAGAUCGUUUAGCACAAACACUCAUCGGCCAGAGAGCUGGACUUUCCCAUCGGGACAAACAUUUGGCCAACAUCAUGUACAAAUGUACUGAUAAGUGGCUUACCAUGUGUGGGGUGACAACAGACCCUUGCCAGAAUGGUGGGUAUUACAGGUUUUACGAGACAGGCUGCGCAUGUGUUUGUCCACCGGGCACCUCUGGAAGUAACUGUGAAACAGAGACUGGAAAUUACUAUGAGGCGUUACUAAGUCCUUGCAGCGAAAUCGUUACCACUGAAGGCACUCUACAAUCCCCUAACCAUCCAAACAAUUAUCCUACUGGUCCUGAAGGCCAGUGUGUCAAAUGGAUUCAGGCUCCUGAAUGCUACGUGCCCAAGGUUACUUUCUCUGCGUUUAAUCUGUUUGGCCAGCAUCCCUAUUGCAGUGGAAAUACUUGCUGCUAUUUUGAUGCCCUAGAGAUAAGAACUGACAACUUGAAUUACGGUGACGUAUUCUGCAGCGACCAAAUCCAACCAGGCAGGAGCUUCAUUGGCACUGGCAGAGAGAUGGUUUUGUACUUCAGAACGAAGACAAACUACCGCACUGGAUGGUCUGCUGAUCUCACCUUUGAGAAACAAGAAGGAUGCGAACCCGCUUCUGUCAGCACCACCUCCACCAGUACCACUACCACCACCACCACCACCGCCGUCACCUCCACAACAGAAGAGGAAGAGACGAAUCCAAACUGCUUACUUGAAUACUACAAUGGAAAAUACUACUGGAGCUCUCCUGAUUUCGGGAUGGCUGAGUAUCCCAACGACUUCACGUGUGGAUUAAGGGGAAGUGCAUCACCGGGUGUCUACGGCUUACUUUUGAAAAUGAACACUUUCGAAACGCAAGGAAAGAAGAACAGAAGGUGUGUCGACAAAGUACAAGUGACAAUGGUGGGCGGUAAAACAAGAACAUUGUGCGGUAAUAAGACUGGGAGCAAAGUCGCAUCACCAUCUUUCAAUUUCGAACUGAGCUUCACUACAGAUGAAGCUAUUACUGCUCAGGGCUACAACAUCUCAGUGGAAUUCAUUCCUAGAAAAUGCAAUAAGGUCCUCACCCCAGCGUUAGGUGAGACGGGCACCAUCGCUACUUCUAAGUACCAGAGACUUUGCGAAUACAGGAUAGUGGCUCCUGCUGGAAGUCAGGUUCGCAUUGACGAGAUUACACCAUCGAUAUUGGACUCUGACAACUGUAAAAAGGAUCAUCUUUUAAUCAACGGCAACAGUGAAGUAAUGUAUCCCAGGGAAACUAGCACAGUAAUCUGUGGUUCGAAUCAAGUGACUUCUCCAAUUACGUCCACCACUGGCGAGAUGUACAUAGCAUACACGGGAAGUAGGAGGAGUCAAGGUUUCACACUUGACUACACCAUUGUCUAAUACGUUAAUGAACCUGGUAACGAAUCUUUUUGUUUUUCUUCUUUUUGUAAGGAAUGUUAACAACUUUUCCUUCAUACGUUUCGCUAAAUGCACCACAACCUAUCAGGUAUAUAUUUAUCUACUUUCCAUUUAUUCAUUAAUCUAUGUAUUUUUCUAUUUAUGUUCCGGCCAAUGAAUGUACAUUUACUACAAUUAAUCUCUUGUUAACGUAAAUAUGAUCACUAAGUAAUAACGGUCGUUGGUCAACCUUUAAUUCAUGCUGGUCUGUCAAAAAACACUGACAGUAUGUUAUUUGAAAUUUUGUGGUGUAACUAUAGUUGAUAUUGAUAAAUAAAUCUAUGAUGCAGUAA